CUAUUGGCUAACAACUGACUGGCGUUCUCUUGUUCAGUACAAAUUGAGGGGAGUCUUAGCGACAAUAAAUUAAAUAUAUGUUAUUAAUAAUUUGACAUAAAUUGUCAUUGUACAUCCGAUAUCAAAUUGUUUUUUAAACAAGUGAAUGCGGGAGAGCUUCGGGUGUGAGGACUGUUGUUUUCAAGUGAACCAUGCUAGCAUCGCUAGCUAACUAGCCACCGUCUCGUCACCUCCUCUUCAUGGGUUUCUGCUGUUAAGUCUGCCAGGCUUGUGCUAGAGGCAGCGAGGCUACAAAUUAAUGCCAUCAGCCAGGAACUCAGGUCAUAUUAUGAGCGGGGCUAGCUGCAAAGCAAACGGCGCUGUGUACACCGCCUCAUCAGCAACGAUGAACCCUGUAAAGAAGCCGAAGAUGGAGCAGAUUCAGGCCGACCAUGAGCUCUUCUUACAGGCCUUUGAAAAACCAACUCAGAUAUACAGAUUCCUCCGCACAAGGAAUCUCAUUGCACCCAUAUUUUUGCACAGAACACUUACCUUCAUGUCUCACAGAAACGGUCGAACAAAUGCCAGAAGGAAAACAUUUAAAGUUGAUGACAUGUUGCAGACGGUGGAGAAGAUGAAGGGAGAGCAGGAUUCUCUAAGCUUGUCUUCACAUCUGCAGUUGACAUUCACUGGGUUCUUCCAUAAGGAUGAAAAGCCAUCUCAGAAUUCAGAAAAUGAACAAAAUUCUGUGUCCCUAGAGGUGCUACUUGUCAAAGUCUGCCAUAAAAAACGCAAGGAUGUCAGUUGCCCGAUAAAGCAAGUGCCUACAGGUAAAAAGCAGGUGCCUUUGAAUCCUGACAGUAACCAAACCAAGCCUGGCUCCUACCCAUCCUUACUCGUCCCCAGCAAUGAGUUUGAGCCCAGCAACAGCCACAUGGUGAAGUCCUAUUCACUACUCUUCAGGGUGUCACGCACAGGGAGAAGGGAUACUAAUGGUCUUGUCAAUGGAGAAGCCAACGAGAAUAUUGAGGUGACAGAUACUCCCAGUAGAAAGAAGAGGAGUUCAUCUCAUAGGGAUGAGGGAGAGACCACAGAGACGUAUGUUGCACAGAUGACAGUCUUUGAUAAGAAUAGGAGAUUGCAGCUGCUUGACGGGGAGUACGAGGUUUCAAUGCAGGGGAUGGAGGACAGUCCUGUGAGCAAGAAGCGAGCCACGUGGGAAACCAUCCUCGAUGGGAAGAGACUCCCACCAUUUGAGACAUUUUCUCAGGGACCCACAUUGCAGUUCACGCUUCGUUGGACAGGCGAUGCCAGCGGGAAGUCUGCCGCACCCGUGGCCAAACCGCUUGCUACUCGAAACUCAGACAGCACCAGCCCCAUGGAGACCAGAACCAGCCACCACCGCGCUGCCCUCAUGACAGUGAAAGAGUCAGUCAGCACAGACAUUCAGACGAGGAAAGAGCAGGUCCCAUGUGAGCUGCGACAGAAGCUACGUAUAUUUUAUCAGUUCUUGUACAACAAUAACACGCGGCAGCAGACGGAGGCACGAGAUGACCUUCACUGUCCCUGGUGUACUCUGAACUGCAGCAAACUCUACAGCUUGCUAAAACACCUCAAACUCUCCCACUCCCGCUUCAUCUUCAACUAUGUGCCUCACCCCAAAGGAGCAAGAAUAGAUGUGUCCAUCAACGAGUGCUAUGAUGGCUCAUACGUUGGCAACCCUCAGGACAUCCACAGCCAGCCGGGCUUCGCUUUCAGCCGCAAUGGCCCCGUAAAGAGAACUGCUGUCACUCACAUACUAGUUUCCAGGCCCAAAAGGACUAAACCAAAUCUAUCAGAGUUCCUGGAGUCUGAGGAUGGAGAGUUGGAGCAGCAGAGGACGUACGUCAGCGGACACAACCGCCUCUACUUCCACAGCGACAGUUGCAUGCCUCUGCGGCCCCAGGAGAUGGAUGAGGACAGCGAGGAUGAGAGGGAUCCUGAUUGGCUCAGAGAGAAGACCGCCACGCAACUGGAUGAGUUCACAGACGUCAAUGAGGGAGAGAAAGAGGUGAUGAAGCUCUGGAACCUUCAUGUGAUGAAGCAUGGCUUCAUCGCAGACAACCAGAUGAACCAGGCCAUCAUGCUUUUCGUGGAGAACUGCGGCGCUCACAUCAUCCGCCGCAACCUCUGCCGCAAUUUCCUCCUGCAUCUGGUCAGCAUGCACGACUUCAACCUGGUGGGCACGGCCACCAUCGACCGGGCGAUGGCGCGCCUGAAACAGAUCCAGGAAGAGUUGCCGGAGCUGGAGGAGGAGCAGCUGGAUCAGACUCUGGUACCAGCAGGAGCCUGCAACGGCUGUGUGGUCACAUCCAGCGGGGGGAAACAGGGCAAGAGGACAAAAAGUGCAUUAACAGACUGAUGUGAAGCUGGAUGGAGGGAACACUGAUUGCCAGGGGUUUCUGUUUUCUUCUUCUUCUUUUUUUUUAAUUCAAUUAUCAUGACCAACUCUUUGGUGCUUAGACAGGUGGGAAAACUGGUCGACAGAUGAUCCAACAUAACACAAACCAGUAUACAAGAUUAAAAAAAAAAGUUUUUUUUUAAGAACUGAACCAAAUACAAACUAUAUAAAAGCGACUCACCCACAUGUACUCAAGCCAGGAGUUUGAGGAGUGGACGAUGCCAGUUGAUCCGACUUUUCAUGUAGGAGCAUCUGAAGCAUCUGUCUUUGAGCGAGAAAAUGAACAAACCAAGCAUCUUCUGAUAAGACACGGCUACCUUUUGGUAUGUUGUAAUACACAACUGUAUGAAAACUACAGUUAAAACUGUACUGGUAACGUUGUUACUGUUGAUUAUUUGUACACAUACGAAGUAGCCAUGUUUAAACGUAUUCUUUUAGCUGGUUAUUUUAGCACUUGGUGUUUGUAUUUAGAAAGUUUACCUUGAAAUUGACAUUUUAAAAUAAAUUGUGCCACGCCAAAUAUUAACAGCAGCUUUUCUGCUGUUGUCAGUGGAGAAACUGGUGAGUUGGAGCUCACUGCUGGGAAUUGCAUUUAAUUUAAAGGGCCAUACCAGUGGGGGGAACCUAGGAUGUCUCGAGCAUCUGAGGCCUGUAAAGCUCGCUUUACGAACCCAGAACGGUUUGAGCUGGUAAUUUUUGCCACAAGACUGGUGUGAUAUUGUGUGAGUUUGGAUCCUGGACAAGAUGCUAAAGUGAGUUAGUGCAGACUAAAAUUCUGACUUCAUCACUCCAAAGCCUUUUGGCUUGUAUCGACUGUGGUUGAAGGAAGGGAAGCCAGGGAAAUCGACUUUUCUUAAUAAUUUAUUAUUUUUCUAAAAAACCAGCAGCACAUUACUCCAUGUUAUGUAGUAAUUAGCAUCAAUAAUAGAAAACACAGUUUUAGAUUCAAACACUUGCAGUUGGAAAAUGUUGAAAGCUAUUUUUUUCUAUCUUCUGCUCCAUGAGUAUCAAUAGCUGACAGUAAAAUGAAAUGUAUAAAUGCAGUCAUAUCAUGUUUAGCUGAUCCCUGUUUUCAAUUUAAUAAUCUCUUUUUUUAAAGCAAUAGGCUGUUUGUUAAUUGGACGGUUCGUCCAAGUCAGAUGUCAGUUUUAUGUUUCUGUCCCCAAAAUAAAAGCAGGCAGAAAGUUUGUUAAAUUGUGUACACUAACACACCCUCAUAUUGACUGCUUCCCUACAAUGUCCUCAAAUGUUUUCCCAUCACUGUGUUAUUCUGCCUCCAGGCCAGCAGGGGGCGCCAGCUUUCACAUUUAGGCCAGAAAAAUUCAGUUUUAUUCCAAAGGGGAAUAUUUUCACCAGUAUUUUUUCUUCAUUUCAUAACCAUUAUUUUUAAGCAGUAGUUUGUGUGUUUUGUUAUAAAUUGGUGAUUAACAGGCUUUCCUUUCGUGGACAACAAAUUAUCAAUACACACACAUACAUACACACAUAUAUAUA